UUUUGUUAAGAGACCCCCCACUUUGUGCUAAAAUAUCCAUGAAUGAAAAUCAUAAUCAUUCUGUCAAUACUAGUGGUUCAAUGAAAUUUUUACGGAUAUCACCUGAGGUGGAGCAAGUGUUUAAUAUGUAUUUUGAGGAUGGAAUGGGUGCUGCUGAAGCGAUACGCUUACAUGAAAGCAAAAUAUUAUUGAGUGAAAAUAGCUGGGAGACUUUAGCAAAUGGCUCAAAAAACCCAAAUAAAGAAACUGUGGCAUAUUUAUACAAAAAAUGGCGAAAAAAGAACUUUGGUUGUAUAAAUAACCCAUUGGAAAAAUUAAAAGAAAAGACUCAGUCAUAUGCUGAAAAAGGUAUUUCAAUAAUAAUACAUGAAGAAAAACCAUGGGCAGUCUUGGUAGUUACUCCACUGAUGAAAAGAGUCCAGAAUUUGUCAUCCUCCAAAGAGUUAAUCUUUUGUGAUAGCACAAGUAGCUGUGAUACUAUGGAGACUACUCUUACAACAGUGCUUGCAGUGUCAAACGCUGGAGCAGUUCCCAUAGCAAUGCUUAUGCACGAGGGCCAAUCAAGUGAUAGCUAUAAAAAUGCUUUUGGGCUUCUAAAAAAGCAUUACCCAUUAUGUUUUGGUGGUAAUGAGGUACCUAUUGGUUUUAUGACUGAUGACUCUGCUGCAGAACGAUCAGCAUUAAAAACACUUUGGCCAUCAUCUAGAUUACUCCUGUGUUCGUUUCAUGUACUGCAAAAAGAAUGGGGUUGGCUACAUGAAACUAAAAAUAUGGUAUUGAAGGAGAAACGUUUGCCUUUAAUGCGGAUGUUCCAAAAAGUAUUGUAUGCUGCAGAUGAAGUCAAUUUAAAUGAAGCUACUUCAGAUAUUCUGAACUUAAAGGAUGAAUUUCCUAAUUUUGUUAAACGCUUUGAAAAUUAUUUCAAGAGAAAAAAUGAGUGGGUUUUAAUGUUUAGACGUGAUAUUAUAACAAGAGGAAACAAUACAAACAACUAUGCCGAAGCAUGCAUACGAAUAUUGAAAGAAAUUAUUUUAAGCAGAACUAAGGCAUAUAAUGUAGUGGCUCUUGUUGAAUUCAUAUGUUAUGUGUGGGAAGACUAUUUGAUUCUUAGAAUACUAGAUCAUGCUCAUAAUCGUCGGGAUAAUAUUCAACGAAAUUAUACUAAACUUUGUUCUCGAACAUUAAAUUUUAGUAUUGAUCAAGUAACUUUAAUAAGUGAAACAUGUUACUCAGUACCAAGUUCUGAUACUGAGAAUUCUGCUGUUUAUACUGUUGAUACUAAAAUUGGUGUUUGCAAUUGUUAUGUUGGGUAUACUGGUGCAUUUUGCAAACACCAAGCCUUUUUACACAAACAUUUAAAUUUAUCGUUACCUAAUGCACCACCUAUAACUGUCACUGAAAGAUAUGCACUUGGACAACUUGCACUUGGUGACAAGUGCCCUUCUCAGUCAUGGUUCCUGGGUUUAAAAGAAAAUGAAAGUGAAAUUCAAUUUCUAGAAGGUGAACUUAGUGAAAUUGAUAAUGUGAACCAUGCUAGUAAUCACAUUGAGUCCUACCCUAAAGAUAUUUCAAAUAAAAAUGACACCAAUGCAUUUCAAUCAUUAGCUGAUGAUCAAGUUGCUAGUAACAAGGCGAAUGAUGAACUGGAAACAGAAUUUUUAAGAAUAAAAGAGUUAUUAAAUGAUGUGCCAUUAGAUAUUCGUAAAAAAUUAACAAAAAAACUAAAUGUGAUAAAAAAUGCACAACAAUUAACAAAAUUAAUGGUGACAUGUUGCCGAGGCCUAAGUGUGGCUACUAAAAGAAAGGGACAAAUAAAGGUUCAACCAACUUCAAUAGCUCGUCGAAGACAAGGUGUAACUCGCGGCUCUCGAAGAAUUCCAGCUGGAAGACCUCCAACAUCAGCUCCUCAAAAUAAAGCCACUAAAAAAAACCAUAACAUAGGAAAAAACAUUAAUUUAGGACAAUCAAACGCAAAAUCCCAUGGCAGAGGUCACUGAACAUUUUUGAUGCUUGUUUAUUGUUUGUACAUAGUUUUUCCUUAAUAAAAAAGCACUAUGUUAUCAGUUUGAUAUAUUUAGGUUAUGAUUUAUAAUAAACUUAGUAGAAACGUACCCAUAUUUUGUGGUGACAUCAAUUUAAUAAACCAAGUAUGUACCAAAAUGUAUAGAAAAUUAAUUUCUCUACAUCAUAAAAUAAACAGUUAUUAAUGUAAUAUAACAAAUUGUUUAAUUGUUUGCCAAAUAAAAUAAAACAGAGUUCAAAGUUGUUACCAUCAUAUCCAAUUAUAAGAAAAUGUAAUGGUAUAUUUUAUAAUAACUGUUUUUAUAAUCUAUAUAGGAGAUUGUAACACCUAUAAUGUAUAAAGUACUAUCAGUUUGGUUAAAAUUUUUAAUUUUGUUAGUACAUUUUUAUUUAUUUAUGAAGUCAUGUUUGCAUUCAAGACAAUUGAAUCACAGUCAGAGCUCAACUAAUGUGCCAUAUGUGGUACCUACAAUUGUUUUCCAGCUUUUACACCUCUAAGUACUGCGCAUAGACAUAAGUUUAAGAUAUGAGGGGGGGCUCAUCAUAGUAAAAAAAAAAUACUUUAAGAUAUGUUGACAGUUUUAAAUGUUUAUAAAUAUAUUUACAUACCUAUUUUCAAUGAUUGUGUAACCCAUAUACCUACCUUUGGCUAUGAAGGUAGGCAUGUAUGUAUUAUUUUUUACUACCUUAAUGUUUGUGUACAUAAUACUUGCAUAGCAUUUUAAAAAGGUUGAAUUAAUUUGAUUGGUUAUACCAUAUUAUUAAAUACACAUAAUUAUAUAGUGCUAUUAAUAAUAAGUUUAAUAAAUGUAAUAAUGAAUUAUACAAAUUGAAAAUUGAAAAUAAUAACAGGGCUUUUCAAUAAUCAAUGAACUAGACUAGGUACCACAUUACCCAAAGCUUUA